ACUACCAGAAGGGACGGAACGACUUUUCAAGACAGAGUAGUCGCAGUCAAGUCAAAACAAACAUAUUUAAUCAAAUCUCUUUUCUAAAUAAUGAAAGCUGUAAAUCCCGAGACAUUAUUUAGAAAAGAUAAUCUUUCGCUUGCCUAAAUAUCAACUCCUUCACUAUUUGGAGUCGGGUGAAAACAUUAAUAAAAUAUUUAUUAUUUUUCUUUCUGAAAUUCUCUAUUAUAUUUUAAUUUAUAGCGGUAUCCGCGCAUUAUAAACGCAAUGGAUCUUCUGUGGAAAGUAAGCUCAAAAGCGAAAGAGAUGUUAUCUCAAAAAGAUGAAGCCUCUGAAAAUCCAGAGGAAAACAAAGGUGAAUCGUCUGCAAAUUUUGCUGCUGGACUUGGAAAUGAAAAGCCUGUUUCAUCUCUGAGUCUUGAAACGCAGCAAGGAAAUUCAGACAGAGAUGCAUCUUCUGAGAGUGAAGGAGUUGAUUCUGAGCAUAGUGCUGCAACUCCUAUGUCCAAAGAAUCAGAUCGUACUUUUGAAGGCAAUGAAGAUCCUGAGCGUAGUAGUGGUAUAAAAAUGGGCAUAUCAGCUGGGGAUAUUAAGGACGUUUCUCACAAAGCAGUAGAAUCGGCCAAGACAUUUGGCAGUUUUCUUUAUGGUAUUGCAAAUAAAACUAGUCGCACUCUUACUGAAACAGCUAAACAGUUAAAAACUACAGUUGAGGAAAAUAGUAUAUUGGGAGAUUUCAACAAAGAGCAAGAGGCUUUUGUUACAAGUAAAAAUGCUGACUCUAAAGAUGAAGCUCCUCCACCCUGGGCUGGUACAGAAGAUGAAGAAAAUGUGAAGCAGCAAAUUUUAUCUUUGUCAGCUGAUAAAAGGAAUUUCUUGAGAAAUCCACCAACAGGCGUAAUGUUCGAUUUUAAUUUUGAUAGCAUGUACCCUGUUGCUGAAACUAUGUUAAAAGAAGACCCUGCCUUGGAGAAAAUGAGAUUUGAAAUUGUUCCUAAACUCAUUAAUGAAGAAAAUUUUUGGAGGAAUUACUUUUACCGGGUGCAGUUGGUGAAAAAUUCCUCGAAGCUUAGUAAAAUGGCACAACACAAAAGUAGUAGUGGAGACUCGUCCAGUGAGAAAAGUUCUUCUAAUGACAGCAUAAAAGGUAUGGAUAAAACAACUGCUGAUGGUGGUCCGGAUUCUGAUGUAACAGAUAGUCCAAAUCAUGAAUUUGUAAGUGAUGCAUUUCAGUCAAACCAAGUAUCUGAGGAAGAUAUAAAACAAGGAAUGAAAAUGUUGGGUGUUACUGAGAAGAAUACGAGAGAGGAUGAUUGGGAAAAAGAAAUGCAACAAGAACUACAAGAGUAUGAAGUAGUUGCUGAAGGAAAUGAUGAAGAUCCAGAUUGGGAAAAUGAAAUUGAGCAAAUGCUUGAUGACAGAGUCAAAGAUGUAGUUUAGAGAAAGAGUCUCUGCUCUUAGUGAAAGUAUCUCAUUUCUACCAGAGAGUAUGUUUAUCUGUUAAUUAUUUUCAUAUCAAAAGCAUCUUGUACGUGAUAUGGUGUCUUUUGACUCGAAAAUAUAAAAAUGCAAUUUAAAAAUUGUUUUAUAAAAAUGGAAUUAAGCACAGUUCACAUAUAUGCAUUUUUUUUUUUUUUUUUUUUGUAAAUACAUACAAAUGUGUAUAUUUUCUUUUUUCUUAAAUAUUUAAACCUAUUUCUUUAUUUCUAAAAGAGAUCUUAUAUUUCACACUAUCUUGAUUUGUCUUUUACUACUGUUUUUUUAAAACAUUUAUAUGCCUUUUUAGGAACCUUGGUUUAAUGAAAUCUAUAAAAGGGGAUUUAACUUCCUGAAACAUUUGGUAGUUAUUGUUUGGACCAAUGUUAUUUCAGUUCAUUUAUUUACGAUCCAUAAAAAAUGAACAUACAUUCCUUUGUUCAUUACAUAAUUUUCUUUUUCUUUUUAUUAUUACUUCUUAAUUUUAAUUUAUAAAUAUAAAAAUAGGUAUAAAUCAGAAUUUCAACUUAUUUCGAAACUAUCUUUUUCUAUAUUUUAUAUAAACAUUUGUUCGAAUAUUUUUCCGUCCCUCUACAAUUUUGAAAAGCUCUCAGUUUUGUAUCGGAUUAAGCAGAACAAUUUUAUCCUAAAUUUUGGAGUUGUUGAAUUUAAUCUUUAAUGCAAUGUAAUCAUAUAAAUUACUUGUUUUAACUGCAUUUCCUGUUUGUUUUUUUAAUACUUCUAGUCGUUAUAUAUUCGUAUUGUGCAAUUAUUUCGUAAUUUUCUUAAACUUGAGUUGAUAAAAUGCUUUAAAAAUGCAACAUGAGAAGUAUUUGUAUUAGCAUUUUAUAAACUUUGUUCUUAUGAAAUUUGUCAUAACCUAUAUUUGAGAAGAUUAUACGAAUUAAGUUCUUUGUGUACACCGAUUUAAUUUACUGACUGAAGUAUUAACGCCUUCCUCUAUAUAAUAGUUCAACUUUUGUCCACAAAAGUGAUGGAAGUAUUUUCAAUUAUAGAAUAACCUAUAGUUAGAGCAUAGAAAAUCAUAUAGUGAAUAAGCUUAUUUUAGCUAUUGCACAUCCCAAAAAUGAAUUAACUCUUUUGCCCUGAUUAUUUCUCCUGUCCUUGUGCAAAUGAAAAUUAUCUGAAUUAAAAACAUCAUUGAAAAUACAAACUGGCUUUGUUAUAAUUUGAUAAUUCAUUUGUUUCCAUAAAGUAUUCAGUAGAUACUAUCCUUGUUUCUCCAUAUUCUUAACUGUAUAUUGCAUAGAUUCAUCUUGUGAGUGACUUCUUUGUGUCUGUUAAAUAAUUUUCUGAAAUAUGUGUCUUACUUUCCUUACUUGUAGAUUUAGAUACUUAUUCUUAGCUGUUUAGGUUUUAGAUCAUUCAAAUGGAAAGACAAUUUGAUACAUCAAGUUGCUGUAAAGCCUGUCAUUGUAUUUACUAAGACUUCAUUUAUGCUGAACAAGGAUUUGUUCUAAUGGAUUUGCUUAGUAUUAAAAAAAAUAAUUUUUCACCCUUUGUUAUGAUCUUUCGGUCAUAAUUACCAUCGACAGCGAUGUUUCAAAGUUGAUGAUAUGUCUCCACUGUGUAGUAAAAAAACCCAAUGAAUACUUGUUGUUCUUUUGAUUUGUGUAGAAUUGUAUACAAAUACUUAGUAUAUUUUAAAAUGUGUGUAACUUGUAACUUAAUUGUCGUUCCACCCUUAUUCACCUCUCUUUUUGUAUUUAAAAUGUAGGUUGUGGAUCUUUUCCCUUUCGAUUAGUGAAUGGUAUUAAUAAAAUAGAAUUGUCUUCAGUUUUUGUUAGAUUAAAAUAUAUUAAUGUUUCUAUGUUUUUGACCAAAUAUUGCGGCGAAAUCUUUAUUUCUAAUUAAAAUUAUGAAUUUGCCUGGUCACUUUGUGAUUUAUGUAGAAAAGCAUAUUUAAAUAAUGAAUGGAAACCUCCCCCCCCCCCUCUAAAGAAUGCUUCAUGGUGUUUGUGAGAAAAAAAUUAGUUUUGAUUGUCAGUAUUAUGGAAAACAGGCUUCGGAAAAUUGUGGGUUUUGCGAUAUAGCAUAGCAACCAAUAGUAUAUAUAGAUCUUCCCAUUUUUUGUUAGAAAGAAUUAUAUUACUACUUCUGUAUAUUUAUAUAAGUUUGCUUAACAAUAUAUAAGCUUUCUUCAAGCCUUUGUGGCCAUAGUCUGUUAUGCUGAUCAUGAUACCGUAUGUCGGUUUUUAAUUGUGCUUCCAUCGAUUUUUCUUGCCAUAAGUAAUCUUAUAUCUGACUGAUACAAAAGAUAUUUCUUAAGAAGUUGCUUGUACAGCAUAAUUCUGUUUCGGAAACAUUAUAGGAUUGCUGUUUUUAUUUUAUUACAUAAUCGCCUGCUUAAGUGACAUUAUCCAAAUUUUUUUAUUCAGUAUAUAAAAUAUAAUCACAGUUUAAAUCUUUUGACGACAAAAACAAGAUAUUUUUCAUAGUACUAUACAGGAUAGAUGUAUAGAUUUUUCGACUUUACGCUUAAAUAGCUGACAAAAAAAGGUAAAAGCACUAUAAAAAAAACUAGGAAAAUUAUAAAUACAUGGGGAUAGUCCUCAAAAUAAGGUAGUAAGGAGUUUCACACUAUCCUUGUCAUAUAAUUUUCAUGCUGAGGCUUAAAGGGUAAAAUAGUAGCAAAAUUGAAAGGAAAAAAAAAAAAAGUAGGGCUUAAAAAAUGACUGAAAUAAGAAAUUUGUCUUAAUGCAUCAAUUUAUGCGUAAUAAGCACUGAAUUAGUUUAUUGUAUUAAUAAUCAUAUAUUGAAUUGAAAAAAUUGCUAUAAUUUCAAAAGUGAUACCACUGUUUGAUGGUCACGGUUAUCAUUUAAAGAUAAUAUCAAAAUUUUCUCACUGGUGUGAUUAAUACCAUAUGCUCUUUAGAAUUAUUUUAUAUAUAUGAUAAAAGUUCUCUGUGAAUAGCAUAGGCUUAACAUAGUUCAUAUGUAAUCUGUAUUUUUAAUAUUAUGGCUUUUUUUAUAUUUUUAUAAUAAAAAUGAAUCUGAUAACUAGUCAUGAUACAUAUUGUUUUAUAUUCUGUUUUGUAAAAAUUUUAAGUGACACUUUCUGUCUUGUAUAUCUUCAUCAUUGGUAUUAUAUUUUUUUCAUAUAAGGUGAUUUAUCAAGCAAUAAUAUCUUUUGAAAUUCAGAUACAGUUAAAAACUUAUAGGUGUUUAGAAAUGCAUAUAAUUCAAUGGAGUGUAUUUCUAUAGUAUUAAAAUAGACAAGACAAAUCAAUGGAUAUUUAUAUUGCACAUUUCGUGGUGUAAUGUUGGUUAUUAUAGAUACUUGUAAAAUUGUUAUGUAUGUAUAAAUAUAUAUAUAUAUAUAUAUAUAAAGUAUAUUUCUUUCUGUAAAA